AUGGCGGAGAUGCAGCGCAUGGCCCAGAACAUGCCGCCGGAGAUGAUGCAGCAAGCCAUGGGCCAGAUGCAGAAUGCGACGCCCGAGCAGAUUCAACAGAUGCGGUCAGCCACUGCAGGCAUGUCUGGGGACCAGUUUGCCAGCCAGGCGGCCAGCCAGGUGGACCAGCAGAGCGGACAGCUCAAGUACCAGCUUGCGGCGGCGGCGCAGCUGAAGCAGGAGGGCAACAAGCUGCACGGCGCCAAGCGCUUCCGCGAGGCGGCGGAGAAGUACGAGCGCGCGGUGUCCAACCUCCAGGGCCACACCAGCCAGCAGAGCCGCGAGCUGCGCAUCAGCUGCCAGAGCAACCUGGCGAGCUGCUUCCUGCAGCUGGAGCGCUGGCGGGAGUGCGUGGACAUGUGUGGCACCGUGCUGGCGCUGGAGAGCAGUAACCGCAAAGCGCUGUACCGCCGAGGCCAGGCGCUGUGCGCGCUGGGGCAGUACGAUAGCGCGGUACAGGAUCUGCGCCAGGCGGUCAGCCUGUCUCCGGAAUCGGAGAAGGACAUCAUUCGGGAGAAGCUGGCGGAGGCCAAGCAGAAGCAGAAGCAGGCAUCUCAAGGCUUUGUCAUUGAGGAGGUGACAGAGGCGGCGGUAGAGGGGGAGCAGCGUGAGGGCGUGGCCCAGUCGGACACAGAUGACGACAUGCCGCCGCUGGAGGAGGUGCCAGUCGGGGCGGCAGCAGGAGCAGCAGCAGGAGCAGCAGCAGGAGCAGCGGGUGCUAGCGGCGCGGCAGGGUUUGGCAUGCCGGCGUUUGUCCCACCGGGCGUUGAUCCGCAGCGCAUGCAGCAGACGGCGGACAUGCUCAAGUCCAACCCCGAGAUGGCUCGCCAGGCGGCCGCCGCCAUGGCUGCCAUGAGCGACGACCAGAUUGCUGCGCUGGCGGCGCAGAGCGGCAUGCCAGGAGUCACACCCGAGAUGGCCAAGCAGGCUGCUGCCAUGAUGCGCAGCAUGCCGCCCGAGCAGCUGUCUGCGGCGGUGGCGGCCAGCGGCGGCGGCGCCUUCCCCGUGCCGCCGCCCGCCGCGGCCGCGGCGGCUGCGGCGUCGGCGACACCCGUGACGGCUGCUGCCCCGCCCGGCGGCGACCAGAUGGCGGCUGCUGCGGAGGCGAUGCGUCAGAACCCUGAGAUGAUGAAGCAGGCGGCGGCGAUGAUGGAGAGCAUGGAUGAGGCGGAGCUGCAGCGCAUGGCUGCCAUGAUGCCGGGGGCCAGCGGUAUGCAGGCCGACCCCGCCCAAAUGAAGAUGGCCGCCAAGAUGAUGGCCAGCAUGAGCCCGCAGGACAUGGAGCGCAUGACGUGCAUGGCAGCAAGCAUGGGGAUGGGGCCCGGCACGGCGGCUGCAGCUGGCGGCGGCGGCGGCGCGGCCGCGGCCCCCGGCGCGGCGGCGGCGCUGGCCGGGAUGCCUCCCGGCGGGUUUGACCCCAGCAGCAUGCCUGCGGGCAUGAUGGACGACAUGCGCAAGCGCAUGCAGGACCCCGAGGUGCUGAAGAUGAUGAAGGGCAUGAUGAAGAGUAUGGAUCCGGCGCAGCUGGCUGAGAUGAUGAAGGGGAGCGGGGUGAAUGUGACGCCGGAGCAGGCGCGCAGCAUGGUGGACAAGCUGGACAGCGUGUCGGACAAGCAUCUGGAGAUCAUUGCGCGCGUCAUGGCCUUUGUCAACGCGCUACUCACCGCGUACCGCCGCGCCAAGGCGUGGGCCCUCAGCCAGGGCGCUCUGGCCAUCGCCAUUGCGGUGCUGGUCGUCGCGCUGGUGCUCAGGUGGCUGGGCUGGGUGUGA